AUGGCCGAACUAGCCGCGGGUGAACCCGGCGAGAAGUUGCCGAAGCAGAAUACCAGAGUCGUCCCCAAAGGCAGACCAGUCCGUCAUGAUGGUGAAGAGAAUGCUCACACCUGGGGCUUCUCGGAUACUCAGUAUCAGAUCAGCAAAGAUGGACACUUGGAAAUUUCCGGCACUCGCUAUUCAACAAGUGGAUCGAAGUUUCCUGCACUGCUGCCAUGGAUGGAAAACAUCAUGCAGAUGAAGGUUCCACGCGAGCAACUCCAGCCUCGACGCCCUGCACACACAGAUUUGCCAUCGCCGCUUCGCAAUGAGGAAUUUCUUCUCGCCCUUGGGAGGCAUUUGGACCAAAGUCAAAUCUCCGAAGAUCCAUUACUGAGACUACGGCAUUGUCAUGGCCACUCACUCGAAGACAUGUGUCAAGUGAACUACGGCGGUUCCAUCCACCGUAUUCCCGACCUCGUGCUGUACCCGGAGAACACAGAGCAGGCCUUGGCUAUUGUUCAGUGCGCUAAAGACAAAGGUGUUUGCAUACUCCCGUUCGGAGGAGGAACAAAUGUUAGCCAAGCUCUGGCGUGCUCAGAAACGGAGCAACGUACCAUCGCCGCAGUCAGCACCAAACGAAUGAACCGCCUUCUGUGGGUUGAUAAGGAGAACAAUCUUGCUUGCAUAGAAGCCGGAGCUGUGGGUAGACAUAUUGCUGCCAAUUUGUCCGCAUGUGGAAUGACAUUGGGCCAUGAACCAGACAGCGUCGAGUUCUCUACUCUUGGUGGAUGGAUAGCUACCAAGGCUAGCGGGAUGAAGAAGAACCGCUACGGGAACAUUGAGGACAUUGUGCUAGACAUCGAGGUCGCUACCCCCGAUGGCUUGUUUAAACAUGCCGGGACCGAUAUCUGGCCUCGACAAUCAACCCGCAUGGAUAUCAGACAUCUUGUAUUUGGCUCCGAAGGCACGAUGGGGAUAAUCACGUCGGCAGUAGUCAAGGUGUUCCCUCUUCCGAAGGUUAGGAAAUACGGAUCCAUCUUGUUUCCUUCAUUGGAAGCGGGUUAUCAAUUCAUGAAUGAUCUAUCAAGAUCGGGCGAUAUGCUGCCAGCUAGUGUCCGUCUCGUUGACAACACCCAGUUCCAAUUCAGCAUGGCCCUCAAGCCUCCAACAACAGGAAUACGAGCUUUAAAGAGCCGCAUCGAAAAGGCGUACGUUACUCGCAUCCGAAAAUUCGAUCCACAGCAAAUGGCCACCGUGUCUCGACUUUCACGGAAACAUGGGGGAAUGAAGGCAGGCUCUGCAAACGGGGAGCGUGGAUACGACAUGACAUUCGCUAUUGCUUACAUCCGGGACUUUGCGAUGACACUGGGCAUUCUUGCCGAGUCUUUUGAAACCUCGUGUGCUUGGAGCGACGCACUAGAGAUAUGUCGGCGUGUCAAAGAGCGAAUUCUCGAAGAGCAUUCUGCUUCCGGACUUCCUGGACAGCCGUUUGUCAGCUCUCGGAUUAGCCAGGUCUACCUCACGGGGGUCUGCAUUUACUUCUAUCUUGCAAUAUUUGUGGGUGAUGACAUCAAGGGUGGCGCCGAGAAGUUUUCCUCUUUGGAGGAAGCUGCCCGAGACGAAAUCUUGCUUAACGGAGGGUCGCUCUCACACCAUCAUGGUGUUGGCAUGCUACGCCGGAAGUAUCUGCCAAGGGUGCUAUCACCAACCGCACUUGGCCAACUGCAUCGCAUCAAGGUAGCUCAAGACCCGGACGGCCUGUUCCCAGGUGGUCUUUCAGGCCUAGAACAUGUAUAG